GGGUGGGGCAGAGAGGUGGACGCAGCCAGCAUCAGGGAGAAGUGCUGCGGGGGAACCCCUGUGCUCGCUCAGGCCUCCAGGAGCCCUGUUUACCUUCAGGUUCCCGACCUCUGCGCUGAGUAGCUGGAGAGAGACCCGGAGGCACUCCGGCCUUAAGUCGCGAUCUUUCUGGGCUUCUCGUUCCUCAUUUGUAAAAUGGGGUUAGGCCUCCCUACCCAUCACCGCUUGUAACUGAUGUCAUUUAGGGGAGAGUGCUUUUAAACUAAAGUGUUUCACCAAUGUGUAUGAUGUAUUGUCAUAGGCAGUGGGGCAUAGAUAGUAGUUAGGAGUCUGGUUCGGGAGCCAGAUUGCCUGGGUUUGAAUCCUGGCUCGUCCUUUGCCGAAAGUUUUCUAACCUGUCUCUCAGCUCAUUUUCAAAUGGGGAUAAAAAUUGUACCUGCUUCCAUGGGGCUAUUUGGAGGAAGGAAGAGUUAAUGUUCUAGGUAAAAUAUUUGGAACAGUGCCUGAUACCGUAACUAAUCACGUAAAUGAUUUUUGUUAUUGACGUUAAAUACUUAUAACCUAUCUAAUCACAUCCUCUUCACCAUCCACCCAUCCUAUGCAGUUUACAGGUUAUCUUCCUUCUGCCUCUAUUCAGAAAUUCCUUAACAAGAUUCCUGUUGGGUGUGGAAAUUCACCAACUCACUCCCCAUUCCCAGGGCAGCCCGUUCUGGCUUCAGAUAGUUGGGACAAAAGCAAGUUCAUGUUGUGUAGAAAUCUGCCGUCGUGUUGCUUCAUCUAGGAUGCUAGCUCUUUCCUUAGAGCCACAUACAGAACACUGUAACUCCAUCUUUUACUUCGUAGCUUUUCUGCCUUGGAAGCUGUUACCUCAUGCUGUUCACCCUGUGUUCAGUCUGGCAUCCAAGGAAUGUAAUUUCCAUUUGGUUUCUCUUAAUAUUCUUAUCUUCAAGUGGUGUCCAGGUACGUUAUCUUAGAUUUUGAAGAGUAUGGAUGUAUCCAUUCUGCCAUGCUUAACGUGCAUAACAAAAUGGGGGAUUCAGAGAAGUAUACAGUAGGUGCCAUACCUUCAAGACCUUUGCAUUGCAGCUGUAAUUAAAGAAUGCUGUCUUGUUACACUGUCACUGAAGAGCCAAAACUUAGAUGUAGAAACAGAUGUGUUAUGUGCAGUCCUUUACAGCCAUCACAACAGAAUGGGCCGCCACAAGCCCUAUUUGGCUCUCAAACAGGUUGAGCAAUGUUUAAAACGUUUGAAAAACAUGAAUUUGGAUGGUUCAAUUCAAGAUUUGUCUGAGUCGUUUUCUUCUAAUGAAAAUCAGCCUGUAACCACCAACACGUGUGUCAUCCCCAGCCAACCAGUGGUGGAACUGGUGUUGAUGAAGAUUUUGGGAGCCUGCAAAUUGUUACUUCGCUUGUUGGACUGUUGCUGCAAGACAUUUCUGUUGACUGUGAAACAUUUAGGUUUGCAAGAAUUCAUUAUUUUAAACCUUGUGAUGGUUGGGCUGGUGAGCAGAUUAUGGUAUGUAUGUACACACCUUUUUGUAUUUGAUCUUUCCAUCUCUACAGAAAAGUCAUCAGAAUUUGAUGUGAGGGCUUUCUGCAAACAGCUGAAACACAAAGCUAUUCAGGAGGCCAGCUUUGAGUUAAAAUGUUCUCAGUCCCAACUAAGUGCAACCAAAGGUUCUUCUCAGAAAGUAAUAGGACCCUGUGCCAAAAGUUUUGUGCAAAGAUUCCAAGAAGCUGAGACUUUCAUACAACUUUCUGAAGAAAUCCAAAUGGCAAUUCUGUGGUGCAGGAGCAAAAAACUCAAGGCUCAGGCUUUCUUUCUGGGCAACAAACUUCUUAAAAGUAACCGGCUUAAACAUGUGGAAGCUCAAGGCUAUAGUUUGCCCAAGAAACUAGAGUGCAUAAAAACAUCUGUUUGCAACUGCCUUCUUCGUGGCUCAGGUAGCAAAACUUCAAAGCAUCAUCUGAGACAAGGAAGAUCACAGAAUAAAUUUUUACUGAGACAGAGAAAACCACAGAGAAAACUACAGUCAACUCUUUUAAAGGAAAUUCAGCAGUCCCCGCACAGGACUCAGAGCGCUUCAGAUACCAGUAAACAGAGACUCUCAGACCGUGCAGUUCACAGAACUAAUCUCUACCCUAACAGUAAGCAGUUCUUGAGUAGCAGAGUCUCAAAUCCUGUCUUACAAACUGAGGAGAAACAAAUUCAUGAAACUCUUACAGGAAGCAGUGAAAAUGAAACUGAUUCAUGGACAAUGGUGCAAAUAAACAAACAUAAUAUAUCAGGAACCAGGAAGGAGACAGAUGACAUUGAUGAUAUUUUUGCUUUAAUGGGAGUUUAGAUGCUCAUAUGUUUGACUUUUAAGUAAGUGAUCAGCAACCUAGUCCAGUGUUCUGCUGUUUUAAGUGGAACUCCUGAUAUCUGGGAAGAUAUGAAAGUACCACUUGGACUCAGAGAGGAGUGCAACAUUGAUUUAGUACAACAUUGUACAGCAGCUCAUUUCAGUUCAAUAAACAUUUAUAGUAGCUUUGGGUCAUUUUAUUGACAAGUAUUUGACUAUUAAAUAGUCAAAUUUUGACUUUGACUAUGUGCCAGGUGUUAAGAAGAAAAAUCAACUGGGUCCUGCCCUUGAAAAGCAGAUGUAAUUCCUUGAUUGAAGCUGGUAGGUCCCUGAAAAACAAUUUUAUGACUUACAAGGGAAUUAAGACCUGAAUAAUUAGGUUUCUAAAAACCUACUCUGUGUCUUCAGGUAAAUGGGGCAUGGGGGUGGGGAGUAGCAAGGACGCACCUAAAAGGCUACUUUGGCCUUAUUGGCUCUGUGGUAGGUAAAUCCACUUCUGAACACCAAGGUUUGUAGAUCUAAUGGUUGUGCUGUCUUGCUUAUAAGAACUGAUCAUCAAAGAAACUCAAAAGUUUGGCCACUAAUUGUAUUAUCAGGGACUGGUCACAACCAUUAUGUCUUUUUAUUUGUUCACCUUAUCUCAUGGAAGGCGAUAUUAAAAUGCUUUUGGAAUUCUUCAAAA